AUGGCCGUUGAGGGCUUCCUCUGGGCAUCGGGCGGCGCGCUCACGGCUUGGACUUUCGUGAUCCGCAACGAUGACGCCUAUGGAGCCGUUUCACAGACGGUCAUCACGUUCGGUGGCAUCUUUUUCUUCCUGAACGGCCUGUACAACGGCAUCCCGGGCAAAGUGAUCAGCUUCGGAUAUGUGCUAGAUCCACAUGGGCGAGUUCAAUUCACGGACUCCGCACCCUACUACGGCACUGCAUGCUUCAUGACUGGAACGGCGAUGGGACUGAGAGGCUCAUGGUCCCUAUCCAGAAAGAAGUUCCUGAGCGUGUUUUGGGCCUCGUUCUGUAUGUGCCUUGGAGCCUGGACACUGGGGAUGGCAAUUUGGGUGCCAAUGGCUCUCGAUGGCUUUGCCAGCUAUGAGAGCUUUGAAAAUCCUGACGUGGAGAUGUAUUCCCAGAAAACCUUCGCCUGGCCUUCCAACCAUCUCUUCCAGAUCUUUGGGGCCUGUACCCUGACCGUCGGUGCCUUUGUCUUUGCUGCGAUUGAUGGCGUGCUGUGGUGGUACCCCAGCAACGAUUCCGAUACCAAGACCUCGAACAAGCCCAACCCCGAUGAAGAUCUCGAGGACAAGUGA